AAGAACUAAUAUAUUAUGUAAUCUGGAAACAAUAUUUUUGUUUUCACUCAGCAAGACUUCUAAACUUGUUUUGUUGUGAAUUUGAACCCUCCUUUGGGUCAAGGACAUGAUGCGAGAGUCUAUUUGGCUAUGCACAAGAAAACGGGGGAAAUGUUUGCUCUAAAAGUGCUAACUAAUUUAUCACAGGAUCACAUAAUAAAUCUCCAGGUUUAAUUACAAUUUAUUUAGCGAACGAAAUACAAAUUCUUAAACGCAUAGAUCACACGGGAAUAGUUUUGUUGAAAGGAUACGCUUAAGAUUACACUUGUGUUCUUUUGGAGU